UGUGGAAUUUUCUUUCAUCCUAAUGGACAAUUGAAGAGCUAUUCAUUCCUAGUCCUAACACUGCUUUUUCUCACUGGGUCUCUGUGAGUCACAUGCUUUGGACAUCAUUGAAAAGAAUCUUCUGAAUUUCAUAAUCUCGUAUAAAUCGGCUGAAUCUCACCUAGAUCGGUGUUGAAUUCUCUCUCAUCCAUCAUAAUGAACAACAGGUUCCUGGGUACCUGGAAACUUGUCUCCAGUGACCAUUUUGAUGAUUACAUGAAAGCUCUGGGUGUGGGCAUAGCCACCAGAAAACUGGGAAAUUUGGCCAAACCAAAGGUGAUCAUCAGCAAGAAGAGGGAUACUAUCACCAUCAGAACUGAAAGCACCUUUAAAAAUACAGAGAUUUCCUUCAAGUUAGGCCAGGAAUUUGAAGAAACCACAGCUGACAAUAGGAAAGCAAAGAGCAUUGUAACAGUGGCAAGAGGUUCACUGAAUCAAGUGCAGAAAUGGGAUGGCAAAGAGACGACAAUAAAGAGAAUGCUAGUGGAUGGGAAAAUGGUAGUGGAAUGUAAGAUGAAGGGUGUGGUCUGCACAAGAAUUUAUGAGAAGGUCUAAGAAAAUCAUUUCCUCAUUGAAGUGAUAUUUGACCAUUCGGUGCUAAAAAAAUCAACUGUUUCCAUUGGCAAGGUGUGACAAUACUGCUGCUUGUUCUUGCUUUUGUCUUAACUAUAGGCAAAGCACUAAGUUGAGGAAUAAUUUAAAAUUCAGUGUUAAAAUUCAUAUUUUACAUUUUCAGCAUCCUGUAAUUUACAAGUAUGAACUUAGAAUAUUAAAGUACGUCUAUUGGCCAGAAUUAAAUAA